UAAUAUAAUGAUAUCGAUCGAUGGAGAUAAAGGGCUAAAGAUAUUCUGGAAACUCACAGCAAAAGAUAAUGGGGGAAGAAGAAGAAAACCCUAAUCAGAUCUACAUAAACUACCGAUGUGGUGGAAGAAAUACUUGUUAGGCUGCCGUUAAAAUAAAUUCUCAGAUUCAAAACCGUCUCGAGGGAAUGGAGAUCAUUAAUGGAGUCGAGGAGGUUCGCGGACAGGCGUAUGAGUGUUCCAAAGAACCGAAAAUUCGUGGCUGUCGGAAAUCAGGCCCAAUCGCGGUUCCAAGGAGACGAAGAGAUCGAGAUGGUUUAUUUAGAGUGUGAUGAAGCCACACGACCGUCGUUGACAUGUGACGGUGUAGUUUGCAUACCGGAACCGAAUUGGGUCAGCGUUUUGAAUCCUUCGACCGGAGAAUUCAAUAGAUUCUGUAGCGGCCCCUUCCACUAUGAGAACGACAUGUCUACCGAAGUGUGGUGGAGCGAAUUCAAUAUAAACUCGGCGAUGGGAUUCGGUAAGGACGAAGUUACCGGGAAGUAUAAAGUAGUGAGCAUGUUGUUUGAUCAUAACCAUUACCAGAUUCUUGAUGUUGACAUUGGCCAAUGGCGGAAACUGGUCCCGCCUCCUUACAAUGUUGAUACGAGAAGGAAGUCGGCUUGUGUGAAAGGAUCCAUCUACUGGUUCGACCUUUUUCGUAAAUAUAAGAUACUAGCUUUCGAUCUUCACACAGAAGAAUUUCGGGUUGUCCAGGUACUUCCGCCCUCUUUGCACUCGACCGCAGCUCGGAUAGUGAACCUUGAUGAUCGUCUAGCCAUAGCUGACAUCUGUAUGAUGAAACCUGGAUGCAAUCUAGAGAUAUGGAUCAUGGAUGCACAAGAAGAAACAUGGAGUAUGACUUACUCCAUAACUUUAGCACAUAAAUUUAUUCCAAUGCACGGGAGAGUUAUAGAGGAAUGGUCAACGAUGUUCACGCCAUUGGCUGUUUCUAAGGAAGGGAGCCUUUUCUUCUAUGACACUAAGAAGAGGCUGUUCAAAUAUGAUCCAGAGACGGACUUCCUCUGUUGCCUCUCUUCAGAUAUUUGUGUUAUCUCUCCUUUUGUCGAAAAUUUGGUCCGUUUACAUACAGGAUGUGUUCCGAAAACCCGGCCACCUGGGUGCCGCAAUGGACGUAGCUGUCUAAAUCUGGUACCGGGUUCCCGGAUAUCUAAACAGAUCAAACUGCAGAUCCCUAAUAUUUUACUUACCUCUACUCUAGUGUCUCUAAUUUGUUUUGGUUACAGUUGUACUUGUAGAUAUUGUAUUUGAAAAGCGUGGGCCUUGUUUGUUUU